AUGUGGAGGGCAAUCUGGCUCCGAAUUUCUGAAAAGGGGCUUCGUCGACCUCCACCACCAUCUCUACGCACAGUAACGACGUCCUGCACAACGAUGGGAGCGGAUGGAGUCCACACCGUCAACACUACCGAGCGCCUGGCUAAACUUCGCGAGCUGAUGAAGCAGCACUCGGUGCAAGCCUUUGUGGUUCCCAGCGAGGAUCAACAUUCGAGCGAGUACCUGGCGAAUUGCGAUAAGCGGAGAGCUUUCAUCUCGGGGUUCGAUGGUUCGGCAGGAUGCGCCAUCAUCACUACGGACAAGGCCUACCUCUUCACUGAUGGGCGUUACUUCCUUCAGGCUGAGAAACAGUUAGACAAAAAUUGGAAGUUGAUGAAGCAAGGUCUUCCAGAUGUUCCUACAUGGCAAGAUUUUCUCUACAAGAACUUGGGGCCCCACACCCAGAUCGGCAUCGACGCAACUCUCCUAGCAGCCUCGGAUGCGGAAUCUCUAACCAAACAACUGACACCCAAAUAUUCAAAACUUGUCUCGCUGAAAGAGAACCUCGUGGACGUUGUCUGGGGCGAAGACCGGCCCUCGCGCCCUCAGAACUCCGUGUUCCAUCUCGACGUAAAGUAUUCUGGCCAGUCUCACCUUGACAAGAUUGCGACAUUGCGUGAAGAGAUGAAGAAGAAAAAAGCCGAGGCUAUUGUGGUGACAAUGCUUGAUGAGGUGGCUUGGCUCUUGAAUCUUCGUGGUUCUGAUAUCGAAUACAAUCCCGUGUUCUUUGCGUAUGCAGUGGUUACGAUGGACGAAGUGAUUCUCUUCAUCGACAGUGCGCAGUUGGACGAUACGGCGCGGCACAAUCUUGAACAUGUUUACACUAUGCCUUACGAGGCCAUUUUCGAGCAUCUCAACAGUCUUUCACGCACUUUGGAGUUGGACAGGGAUUCGAAAGUCUUGAUAGGAGACAGAGCAAGCUUAGCGGUAGCUGAUGCUAUCGGGAAGGACAACUACACGAUUGUUCGCUCUCCCAUCGCCGAUCUCAAAGCCAUCAAGAACAAAACGGAGCUGGAAGGUUUUAGGCAGAGCCACAUCCGCGAUGGUGCUGCUCUUGUUCGGUACUUUGCGUGGUUGGAGGAGCAGCUCAAUCAUGGGACUGUGAUCAACGAGAGUCAAGGUGCUGAUAAGCUGGAAGCGUUCCGAUCGGAACUCGACCUCUUUCGUGGCUUGUCCUUCGAUACAAUCUCGGGUACCGGUCCUAACGGAGCUAUCAUUCACUACAAGCCGGAUCCUAAUGACUGUGCUAUCAUCAAGAAAGAUCAGGUCUAUCUUUGUGAUUCAGGAGGCCAAUUCCUUGAUGGUACAACUGACGUCACGAGAACAUGGCAUUUCGGCACUCCGACUGAUGAAGAGAAACGAGCUUUCACUCGGGUUUUGCAGGGACACAUUGCCAUUGACACGGCGGUCUUUCCCAAUGGAACCACUGGCUACGUGAUAGACGCCUUUGCUCGUCGAGCAUUGUGGCAGGAUGGUCUUGAUUACCGGCACGGCACUGGACAUGGCGUCGGCCACUUCCUGAAUGUCCAUGAAGGGCCUCAUGGGAUUGGUGUGCGAAUAGCCCUCAACAACACACCUCUAAAAGCCGGGAUGACCGUCUCAAAUGAACCAGGGUACUACGCCGACGGCAAAUUCGGUAUCCGAAUUGAGAGUAUCGUUCUCGUGCGUGAAGUGAAGACCCCGAAUAACUUUGGAGAUAAGGGAUACCUUGGUUUUGAGAAUGUUACCAUGUGUCCAAUCCAUAAGAACUUGGUUGAUGUGAGCUUGUUGAAUGAGCAGGAGAAGAAGUGGCUUGAUGAGUAUCAUGCUGAGACGUGGGAUAAGGUGUCGCCUUUGUUGAAGGGUGAUACGAGGGCUUUGGAGUGGUUGAGGAGGGAGUGUUCUCCGCUUUGA